AUGCUAAUCAAGAGAUUAAGUAACGCCAUUGCCAAGUAUAGAUUCUCCAAAGAAAUUCUUGAUUUUGCCAAACCCACUCCUACCAAGCAACAACUCACCUAACAUCCUCUCAAUUAUAUGGUCUUACAUCCAAUUGGAUCUCAAAACAAAGGUCCUGAAUUGGAAUUCUAUAUGGCCGAAGAAGCCAUUGGACUAUCUAAAUAAUUGAAUUGGACUCUUGUUUAAGGACCUUUCGGAUGGAACGAUUAAACUACAGACACGAGCACUAGCCAAGAAAAGGUUCAAUAAGAUUCAUAAGAUAAUCAAUCACAAUAAUAAAGAGAAUAGUAAGAAUUCCAAGAGGAUGAUCUAGGAUAGGAAUGGAGAAAUUACAUUGUUGGAAAUUCCAUAGUCAAAUCAUCCCUUGUCAAAUUGCCCGGUAUUCAUUCUACCACAUUCUUCACAAAAGCUAAACUUGGGAUGUUAGGACUACAUAUUUAAUCAAAAGGGAUUAAUGCUGUGUUCAUAAAUACUGAAUUAACAUCAUUACAAACUAGAAAUUUGAAAAAAGUAUGGACUUAAUAUUCAAAAGGAGAAAUAGCAUCUGGCAUUACAGAAGAUUUCAUUGAUAAUAAUGAGAAUAAUAAAAAUGCAGAAGAGUAAGCAAAAUCUGAUUCUGAAGCUACUUCUGUUUAGGUAUAUGAUCGGUUCACUAUGAUUUUAUAAUUAUUUGCCAAAAGAUCUACAUAAGGUGUUUCAAAAUUGCAAAUUGAAUUAUCAUUUCUCAAAUUUGCAAAGGCAAAAUUAGAAACAGGAGAUAGUAGUCUUUCAUCACUCGCUUCACUCUUCAAAGAACAACUAAUGGUGGCUAAGGAAAUUGAUGUUGAAAUUCUCUCUAUCUAGCAAAAGAACAGAUAAGGAAGAGCUAAUGAAAACAAUGAACUUUAAUAAUAAAGAAGAAUUAUAGAUGAUAAAAUAGAAAAAGUUAAAUAACUCAUUGAAGAAGAAAGUUAAACAAGAUUAAAAAUUAAACGUAAGAUUCAUGCUCAUACUAUUCCCAAAAUUGCAUUGAUUGGAUUUACAAAUGCUGGUAAGGCUUAACUAUUAAACUGCAUAUUAUAAAAGGAUGAAGUUGAGAGCAAAGAGUAAAUUUCUUAAUUACUUAGUACAAAUCAAAAAUCUGUAAGAUUAGCUUCAGGAUAGAAAGCAAUUAUAAUAAAUACAAUCGGAUUCAUUACAGAUCUACCUCAGGAUUUAAUAGAAGCAUUUAAGUCUACUCUAGGAGAAGUAUAAGAUGCUGAUAUUGUGUUACACAUUAGGGAUAUCUCGCAUCCACAUAGUGACAAGUAAAAGCAAGUUGUCUAUAAUGUCUUAAAGGAUUUAGGAUUUAACUAAGAUUUCUUCAAUUAGAAAAUGGUAACUUUACAUAUUAAUCUAGAUUGAAGUAUGGAAUAAAAUCGAUUUGAUGAAAUACUCUUUAGAUUAUGAUUAGAUUGAAUCUUAGGAUUAUCCCAUUGUGCCUAUUAGUGCACUUUUGAAUAUUAAUAUUAAAAAGCUUCUUUAAGUUAUGGAGGAAAAGUCUAAUUAUAAUAUGAAUAAGAAACUAUAUAGAUUAAGAUAUAAUAUAGAUUAACAUUUUGAAAGACUUAGAUGGUUAUAUGAUAUUGGUAAUAUUUCAGGAGUAAAGAAUGAAGUGUAAAAGCCUCCUGUUAAGAAGGGAGAUCCUACUAUUAUAGAAUACGAUGUCAUCAUAGAUGAAGUCACUUACAAUAGAUACAUAGCCACCUUUUAACCUGAAAUAAGAAUUAAAAAGAAUUAAGGAAUCUCUCCAUAAGGUUGGAAAUGA